ACGCAAAGUUCAAAGUUGAAAGUUUUUCUUCUUUCAAAGAAGUCAAAUUCCAUCUUUCCGCUUUACAUUUCCUCAGAUUAAAACAACAGGUAGUAGCUGGAAACCCCAGAUUAUCAUGGAUUUUGCUCGGUUUCUCCUAAUUCUGCCAUUAGUCUAUCUUCUCAGCUUCACAUCCACGGUUCAAUCUUACUUCAGAUGCAGCAAUCCGGCGACAUGUAUCGCCCUGGUUGGCUAUGCUCCCAUCAACGCCACCACCCUCUCCGACAUCCAAUCCCUCUUCAACGUCGAGGACCAACGCUCCCUCCUCGGCGCUAACAACCUCCCUCUCUCCACGCCAAGCAACUACAGCAUUCAGUCCAAACAAACCGUCAGAGUCCCCAUCCCCUGCAUGUGCUACAACAACACUGGAGUCUCGAACAAUAUACCAAUUUACACGGCGAAGAAAGGUGAUUAUUUGUACCUCAUAGCUACCACCGUGUUCUCUGGGUUAUUAAAGUACGAGGAAAUUGUGGUUGCGAAUGCGCUUUCGUACCAGGAUAUAUUAGAUAUUGGGCAGAAGCUGUGGAUCCCGCUGCCGUGUAGCUGUGAUGAAGUGGGCGGAGAUAAGGUGGUGCAUUAUGCGCAUGUGGUGGAGGCGGGCAGUUCGGUGGAGGCGAUUGCACAGCAGUUUGGGACCGAUAGUCAGACUUUACUGAACAUCAAUGGGAUUACAAAUGACAGCCAGUUGGUCGCCGGUAUAUCUCUGGAUGUCCCUCUCAGAGGUACGUUCUCAAUUUGUUUCUGAUGACUCAACAGAAUUUGGCUUAUGA